AAAUAGAAACUGAUUUCAAAUCAAAAGUUCAAAGCCCCAAAUUCUAAACGCCUAUUUAGUCAAAUUUUCUCCUCUUUCUUCUUGAGGACUUUUUGCAGUUUGCACUUGGCAGUGUCUAAAUUUACAACCAAAAUGCAAAUGUAAGAAUGGAGAAUAGAGAGGACUUGACUUCAAUCCUUCCUUUCUUGCCACUGUGUCUCCGUUCAUCAUCUUCCCUCUUUUGGCCACCGCCAGUUGUUGUAGCACUGAAAUCCCUCUCUUUUGGUCCUCAUUACAGCAAUGUUAACUCCGGACAACUUCUCUUCCUCGCUAUCUCCGACAUCCGGAACUGUCUUUCCUUGCCCGAUUAUUCAAUUUCAUCUUCUGCUUCUGACGGUUUUGCCCUCUUCUUUGAUGAUUUAAUUCCUAGGGCUGAAGCUGCUAAAUGGUUUGAAGAAGUGGUCCCGAAAUUGGCGGAUUUGCUAUUGCGGUUGCCUUCUUUAUUAGAGACUCACUAUGAGAAGGCUGAUGGUGGUAUUGUUAAAGGAGUCAAUACUGGUCUUCGCUUAUUGGAAUUACAACAGCCUGGCAUUGUUUUCCUCAGUCAGGAAUUAGUCGGUGCUCUUCUUGCAUGUUCCUUCUUUUGUCUAUUCCCUACCAGUGAUAGAGGUGCCAAACAUCUCCCGAUGAUCAACUUUGAUCAUUUGUUUGCGUAUCUGUAUGAUCAGUAUGACGAGAAACUUGAAAAUAAAUUAAAAUGCAUUGUUCACUAUUUUGAGAGGAUUGGUUCAUUGAUGCCCGCCGGCUGCGUAUCAUUUGAGCGAAAAGUUCUUGCUCUAGAACAUGGUACAUUUUGUUUUCCUUAUCCAAAGGAAAAUUUCUGGAGCCAAUCCAAUAUUUCCCUUUGCCCUUUUAAGAUUUCCAAUUCAGGCUUCAUUGAAGAUCAAUUAAGCGAAGCUAUUGAAGUUGACUUUGCGAACAAGUAUCUUGGAGGUGGUGCUCUCAGUCGGGGCUGUGUACAGGAAGAGAUUCGCUUUAUGAUCAAUCCAGAGUUAAUUGCUGGCAUGCUUUUCUUGCCUUGCAUGGCAGACAAUGAAGCACUUGAAAUUGUUGGUACAGAGAGGUUCUCAAAUUACACCGGAUAUGCUUCUUCCUUCCGUUUUGAUGGUGACCACGUGGACAAAAAAGAAAUUGAUGUUUUUGGAAGGCGUAAGAGGAGAAUAAUUGCAAUAGAUGCACUAAGCAGCCCUGGAAAAAGGCAGUACCGGGUCGAAUGCCUCCUAAGGGAAAUUAACAAGGCUCUGUGUGGUUUUUUGGAUCAUUUUAAGUGUCAUCAGUAUCAAAAGUUUCUUCAAGAUGCUGGCUUCGAGGGCUGUCAACAUGAUCCUAAUGUUAAAGAAUCUGGUGGACAUUCUGAAGUUUAUCAUUCGUCUCCUGGAAACCCUUCAACAUCUUCUCAAACAAUUGAAGAAACUUUGGCUAACCAGUUAUUCAGAAAUCAUGAGGCACACUAUUGUCAACCUUUAGACUAUCAGCAAGAAAUUGGAGUUGUGACUGGAAAUUGGGGUUGUGGUGCUUUCGGUGGGGAUCCUCAAGUUAAAGCUAUGCUUCAAUGGCUUGCUGCAUCCCAGGUUAUUUUAUCCUUGGACAUUUUUCCAGCAUUUUGUUACAGGAACUUAUGCUCUCAUACGCAUCAUGUCACAAAAUGGAUGGUGGCAAUAUGUAAACACUUUAUGUACCCUGCGCCAGCGCUUAAUAAAUAUAUUCAUGUGAAGUCACGAAUGCUGAAUUUUCCCUUGUACUUUUUUUCUGCAAAUUUUCUCUCCUUUCUUCUCUGGCAGGCCUUGAGACCUUUCAUCUUGCAUUAUACAUUCGACUUGGCAGCACUGCAGAUGCUGGGACAGGUGGCUCAAUGGAUUUGUUCACAAGGGUGGACUGUUGGGGAGCUUUGGAAUAUGUUGGUGGAAUAUUCAGUCCAGAGAUUGAGGGGAGAAACUGGAACUGGCUUCUUCAGUUGGCUCCUUCCAUCGUUGAAAUCUCGUGAUACUAUUUUGCUCAAACAAUUCUCAUAAUGUUUAAAAUUUUCUGGUCAUUUUAUUAUCCUUGUAUAAGUGAAGAAAAAUACCGUGCAUUUGUUGUGAACUCGCGUACGCCUAUUUUUCGAGGGGUUCUCUUCAUUGAGUUCCCCCUAAAAAUAGUUAAGAAAAUAGUAUAUUAGGUCAGACUUUUAUCAUAUUUUCCAAAUUAUCUGUAAGAAAAUUGCAAGUGUCAAAAAGAAACUGUAUAUUUUUGAUUGGCGUGCUUUAGAAUAAGAUGGAAAAGAGUUAGAAAGGAAAUAGUUUGGUAUGACAUAUUAUGGGAAUAUUACUAUUAUUAUUAUUUUA